AUGGUGCUAGAACAUGAUCCCAAUUCAGCACGAAGGAAACGGCGAAAGACUGAAGAUGUCAAUGAGGGAACACGCAAGGCUUCCGCUGAGAAUGAACCGCGUCAAGGCGAUAGCGCUGUGCUGCUGGAUCAGCCCCUCGCUACAUUGAAUACGCCCAGUGAUAAAACCCAUUUCAACCCCAAUGUUGGUGUCAAUAAUGUCACUCUCCCGCCUGGUGUUCCGGAUGUCGCCAGCAGUGAGCCUUUAUGCGGACCGAACUCUGCUUCAGACCUCCACAACCCCGGUAGCAUGAUUGCUUCUACUGCAAUGCCGGACCCAGCAGACGGGGCCUUACAAUCACGUUCCCCGCCGCAGAAGACCAUGAAACUCAACGCUAAUGGGAAACUCCUGAGUUCACCUGUCGCGAAGCAAUCAGACGAUGCUUCUCAGAAGAAGAGAAGGAGCAAGCGUACCAAAACAGGAAGCCAAAGGUCGGAGCAGAGCACGAAGAAAUUGGUGGUCCUGAAAUACGCCAGCGAACCGGACAAGACCAGAAAUAUAGGGCAGCUCAUUAAUAAGAUCAUCUCCGGCCACACAAAGUAUAUCCCCUCCAGGACAACUGUUCCGCCUGUGUCAGUUGCGAAAAAGCCACAACCACCAAAAACUACGCACCCGUUCUUCUUAAAACCUGCUCUGCGCAAGCCAGACCCUUGCGCUGAAGCUUUACCUCCGUCAAGUCUCCGCCAAGGAGCACCCGGCGCGGCAUCAAUACCAGAGGCAAAGCAUGAUGUUACGGGCUCUGCUAGCCAGCCGAGGGUUUUCUCUUCAUUCAGGCCGCGUCCAAAGUUCCCUGAAUCAAUCCACCCGGUUUGGCCCCCUAGGGGCCUCGGUCACAUUCGGGGCAUUUCCGGGGACUCAGACCGGCAGGAUGAAGAUUUGUCUUAUCCUCUGAAUUUUGAUCAGAAGAAAGCAAAGAUGGCCGCGGUUCGAAUACUUGAUGAGGAAAGUAUACUACGUACGUGGACAAAUCCGAAUAUGGAUGUCCCGGCAGCCUUACGUCUACCUCAGAGGCACACGGCGAGCGGAAGGGACCUGCAGCAAGCAAUAAUACCUGAGCUUUCCAGAUCCGCUUUUGCUGAUACGGCGAAUUCAAUUGUCAGUCAUCCUGCUAUUUCAAGAGUGUUCUCGUCAAUUCCACAAUCCUUGACUGCCUUUGAUCGCGGCGAAUACGACACGAGCUUGUGGACUCAAAAAUAUGCUCCUGAGUCUGCAGCCCAGGUUCUUCAGACGACCAAAGAAGCAUUGAUGCUGCGGGACUGGUUGAAAUAUCUUAUGGUGUCCGCCGUGGAUACAGGAAAGCCCGCAAAAGACGUUGAGAACGCCAAGGAGAAGGCUGUCGACAAAAAGCGGAAAAAGAAGCGCAAGAAGGCAGACCAGCUUGACGGAUUCAUUGUCGACAGUAGUGAUGAGGAGUAUGAAAUGAGUGAGGUUACUGAUUCUGAUGAUGAUGAGUUAGCAGGUGGAGUAACAGUCUCUUCUAAAAAGACAGUCAUUCGGUCGGGCGACUCAGACGGUGUUUGGAGAUCCGGCGCAGGAAAACACCGUGCGUCCAAUGUAAUACUCCUCAGUGGUCCUCCAGGAUGCGGUAAGACUGCCUCCGUGUACGCAGUGGCCAAAGAGCUUGAUUUCGAAGUUUUCGAGAUCAACCCUGGGAACCGACGGAGCGCUAAGGACAUUGUGGAGCGUGUCGGUGACAUGACACGGAAUCAUCUUGUGCAUAAAGUGACUACCGGUGAGGAUACUUCAAAUGAUCUCUCGCUGGGUGUCGGCUUUGAUGCUCCAGCACCAGACGAAAGCAAACAAAACAAGCUCAUGGGGUUUUUCAAGCCUGCGGCUGGGAAGAAGCCCAAGAAGGACAAGAAAGCCGGCCAAAAAGAUUCGCGGCAGGAGGUCGAUUCGAAACGUGCACGGAGUCAGAAGCAGUCCCUCAUUCUUCUAGAGGAAGCGGAUAUUCUCUUCGAGGAGGACAAGCAGUUUUGGUCAGGGGUUAUGGCCCUCGUCAGCCAGUCCAAGCGUCCCAUCAUCAUCACUUGCAACGAUGAAAACCUCAUCCCUCUUGAAGAAAUAUCAUUUCAUGCAAUCUUACGGUAUAAGCCGCCGCCCCAGCGUCCCGUUGUUGACUACCUUCUCGUCCUCGCAGCAAACGAGGGCCAUAUGCUCAAGAGGGAAGCCGUCGACGACCUAUACGUGGCUACGGGAAGGGAUCUUCGGAGAACAAUCAUGGAUUUGAACUUUUGGUGUCAGAUGGCCAUCGGAAGCGAAAAAUCGGGGUUAGAUUGGAUAGUAGACCGAUGGCAGAAAGGCGCAGCCAUCGAUCAGAAUAGGGAUCCAUUGCGGGUCAUCAGUCUGAAUACGUAUGAACCCUCUAUGGGCUGGUUCGGUCGCGAUAUGCUGUUGGACAACACACUUGACAGCCGCAUUGAGUCAACGCGAGAAUUAUUGUACUGGUGGCAAGUUAGUCUGCAAGAAUCAGAGGAAAUGGCAGACUCGAGUUCUGAGAUCGUGUCAUCGACACGGACCACCAAGUCUCAUGCCACAAACUUUGAACGUCUUCAAGGGUUGGAGCUUCAGUCUGAUUAUGCCGAUCUGCGGAGCGUUCUGGAUGUACUUUGCGCUCGUUGCUCUCUCAACCAAAAGCUGGACUCGAUUGAUAACACAAUACCUGCUAUUUCUGACAAGCAAAGAACGAACUAUAUCGAGGGUUAUCCACUGCUGCAGGCAGAUCUCGUGCCCGAUUACUCCUCCCUUUCGGCAAGCAUUGGAAGUACAUUCGAGGUCUAUAUGGGACAAGUUUUCCGAGAUGAGCAUCAAAAAGAUAUUGAAUCUUCCCAGGCACGGAACGUCUUGGAGAAUGUUGUCGCACCGCGACGUGCCGGCACAUGCAAAGCGACUUUACUAACAGCGUUUGAGCCUCUCAGGCGAGCCGAUCAUCUCUUCCCUGCCCCUACAGGCCGGCUAGCGCCCUCGUUUGAAAAUGGACUUGGACCUCUAUCUGAGGACCUAGCACCGUACAUCCGUGCUAUAAUGGCGUUUGACCUUCGUCUGGAACAGUACCGACUACAGUUGAGCGGUCUCCUCUCCCAAAAUGCUGAUGGCAACAAGAGAAUGCGAAAGACAAGGGCAAGCCGAGCGGCACUAGAAGGGGGUAGCAAGGCAGAAACACGAAAAGAACGAUGGUUUCCGCCUGGUACAAACCCGGCGUUGAUUCUAGCUACAGGGAAUAAGGAGUGGCAGGAUCUCUUGCUUCGAAACGGGCAUUUUACAAUGGCCUCUAUGAGAGAGUCCAGCAAGGAAUGCAGCGAUCUUGCGUCAGAAAGCUCCGGUGAUGGUGGGAUCUAA